AUGGAAUCCGAGAAAAGUGGUCUGUACUCUUCUUCAUCCACAUCCGCCGAAGGAUUCAAAUACGAUGUUUAUUUGAGUUUCAAAGGUCCAGACACUCGUAAAACCUUCACCGAUUUCCUCUACACCGAUCUGGAAGCUUUUGGAGUUCGAAUCUUUCGGGAUGAUGACGAGUUUCGCAAAGGAGAAGAGAUUGGAUUAGAUUUCCUCAAAGCCAUCACGGAGUCAAAGAUCUGCAUCCCAAUUUUCUCCAAAAACUAUGCGUCCAGUAAAUGGUGCCUUGGCGAGCUCGCCAAGAUGGUGGAGUGCAAGAGAACUUCAACACAACUGAUUCUGCCCAUUUUCUAUGACGUUGAACCGUCUGAGGUUCGGCAUCAAACUGGGAGUUACGAGGAGGCCUUCCACAUACACGAGAUUUUCGAAUAA